CCAGGAGAGGGCGGAGGACCUCGCACCGAAGGAAGCAUCACUUGAGACCCCUAAACUCCAGGCCUGAAGUCCAGCCAGCACCCAAUGGAUGACAAGAAGAAGAAACGGAGUCCCAAACCCUGUCUGACCCAGCCAGCCCAGGCCCCAGGCACACUACGCAGAGUCCCUGUGCCCACCAGCCACAGCGGCUCCUUGGCCCUUGGACUCCCUCAUCUGCCAUCCCCCAAGCAGCGGGCUAAGUUCAAGAGAGUAGGCAAAGAGAAGUGCCGUCCAGUGCUGCCUGGAGGUGCAGGUGGCUCUGCAGGCACACCCCUGCAGCACUCCUUCCUGACCGAGGUGACCGAUGUCUAUGAGAUGGAGGGGGGACUACUGAACCUGCUCAAUGAUUUUCACUCAGGCCGGCUUCAGGCCUUUGGGAAGGAAUGCUCCUUUGAGCAGUUGGAGCACGUGCGUGAGAUGCAAGAGAAGCUGGCCCGGCUCCACUUCAGCCUGGACGUGUGUGGGGAAGAAGAGGAUGAUGAAGAGGAAGAGGAUGGGGUCACUGAGGGGCUGCCGGAGGAGCAGAAGAAGACAAUGGCUGACCGAAACCUGGACCAGCUGCUUAGCAAUCUGGAAGAUCUUAGUAAUUCUAUACAGAAGCUGCACCUGGCCGAGAACGCCGAGCCGGAGGAACAGUCGGCGGCUUAGGUGCUGGGACGCAGGCCCAAGCUGCCCCUUUCAUUCCUUUCAAACUGUGACUUUGUUUACAGACUCGAGAGGGUAUUCCGCGGCCCCCCAGGUGCUAUGGAGGUGGGGGGCACUGUGUGGAAUUAAACCGUAAAGCAAGAAAGCG